CUACAUGUGAGGCAGACUCAGACGGGCCGCAGCCACCCACCCUGCCGGACCUACUGACAUGGAGUUCCUCCGCAGCAGUUGUGAUCCCCAUUGGGUGUCUGUGGAGUACUUUACAACGGGCCUCGGAUUCUUCUUGGAGCAAGAAUUCAGUGUUCUUGUCGGGCUAUGUUCCCUGAUGUGUGCUGUUGACUACUAUCUGGGUAACUGCCUGACAUGCAUGUUAUUCCAUAGUACCAUCAUCGUACUGGUCCGCCGCAUCGUGGCUGGUGGAAUAUGCAACUCUGUGAAACGUUUAAAUGGAAAAAUUAUUGUGAUUACCGGUUGCAAUGUUGGCAUUGGAAGAGAGACUGCACGUAAUCUGAGCAGAAGAGGGGCUAAAAUUAUAAUGGCCUGUAGAGACACAAAGAUGGCAGAAAAAGUGGCGGAAGAGAUACGUGAUCAAACCGGUGGCGAGCUUGUGGUCAUGAAACUGGACCUUGCAUCCUUAAAAUCUGUCCGUGCAUUUGCUGCCGACCUCAGAGCCAAAGAAACAAGGAUUCACAUGCUGAUCAAUAAUGCAGGUGUUAUGAUGUGUCCAUAUAUGAAGACUGAAGAUGGGUUUGAAAUGCAGAUGGGCACCAACCACCUUGGCCAUUUCCUGUUGACCUGCUUACUGCUGCCCUUAUUGACUCACUCUGAACCUGCUCGUAUCAUUAAUAUCAGCUCUCUUGGGCAUACACGAGGUUAUAUUCCAUUUGAUGACAUGAAAUAUGAGAGAGGCUAUGACAGAAUGCAGGCAUAUGGAAACAGCAAACUAGCGAAUGUCCUUUUCACUCGCCAACUUGCAAAGAAAUUAAAAGGAACAAACAUUCAAGUAUUUGCUGUCCACCCAGGAGGUGUACAGUCUAAUUUAGCUCGUCAUGUAGUAGACGUGUGGUAUGCUAGCAAACUAAUGGCAAUUCUCUGGAAAAACACUGUUGAAGGCACACAGACGACACUUCAUUGUGCCUUGGAGGCUAUUCAGGAGGAUCCUUAUUAUUACAGUGAUUGUGGUCUUUGCUAUGCCAGUGCAGCAGCACGAGAUGAUGCAGUAGCAGAAAAGCUGUGGCAUAUUUCAGAAGAAAUGGUUGGCCUUGCCAAAGAAGAUUAAGUUUGUGGAUACAGUACUACUGCUUCAGUGCUAUUCCUUACAGGAUGAAAAAUAUAACCUGUCAUCCACAUAUGAUAGUCCUUAUUGCAACAAAUGAUUGAAUGCACAAAAAUGGACUGUUGCACCGAAAAAAGGCCUAAUUUUGUAAAGGGCAUGAGAAAGAUGGCAACAGCUAAAAGUAAACUUCCCUGGGCAUAGAAUAUAUUAUAAUAGUAUAUAUUAUGUGCCUAGGGUAUAAUCUAUACAUAGUAUAGAUUAUUCCCUAGGCACAUGUAUAUACAGUAUUAGGAAUCCUAGGCCUAAUUUACACACAAGAUGACAUAAGGCCUAUGAUUACUUAGGCUUAAUACAGGUUAAAAAUUCCAGUAGUUCAAACAUGUUGUACUACAGGGAUGUUGUAAAAUGUACUUUCUGCCAGAAAAAUAUCUAUGCAGUUGUAAUUUAAAGUUGAAAAUAUUAGUUUUCUUUGGUAAGGAUUACCCAGCCACUUGGACUGGACAGUAGAGAGACAGUCUCGCUUCAAGCGAGUCGGCGUUCAAUCCCCGACCAUCCAAGUGGUUGGGCACCAUUUCUUCCCCCCCCAGUCCCAUCCCAAAUGCUUAUCCUGACCCCUUCCAAGUGCUAUAAAGUCUUAAAGGUUUGGCGCUUUCCCCUGAUAGUUAAAUUAAAAUUAAUUUGGCAAGGAUUUUUUUUAUAUUAAUGUAGGGGCACAUUUUUACUAGGUUAGUAAUAACAAUUGUGUGGUUCAGAGCAUACAUUUUUGUGGAAUAUUUAAUAAUAAAAGAUGCAAAGUAAUGUAAAUCACAUUUAAAUGUUAAAGAAUUUAUUCUAAUGUUCAACGGAAUUAUAGGUUACAACUUGAGUGGUAAAUAUAGAUUGUAAGAAAGGUUACAGUAGUAUAUUGUAUUGAAGAGUUAAAUCUAGUAGCAAACAUGAUUUAGUUAUUUUGAACAAAAGCUCUUGGAAAAUUAUACUACUCUUGCCAUGUGGAAGAUACACUGUUUGUAAUUUGAAUGGAUUAAUAGUUGCAGCAGCACUGUGCACGUAAAAUAUGAUUAACAGUAACCUUGAUAAUAAUGUUUACCCAACAUAAUUUGAUUAAUUUUCUGCAAAAAAAUGUAGUGCCUGGAACUUUUAACAAUAUUGUUUCUCCCGAUUUAAAUAACUAGAUGCUACACUUUAUAAAUGAUAACUUGUAAUAAAUUAAUCUGUUUAUAUUAUUUUUGCAUGAGAAAAAAAAGUUGACAAUUCUCCAGUAAUGCUAAUAUAGAGUGAUGUAAAGUGAUAACAUUGAAUUGGCUGAUUUCUUUCAAACGAAGCUUAAAAUGAACUUAAAAUAUCUAGAUUUUCCUGUGAUGUGAAAAAUAAGACACUGCCAAAAAGUAAAA